UUUAACUGGUUUGUGCAAUCCUCGCGUUGUAAUUUGUGUGUAAGAAUUUGACGACUUUUAUGUUAUUUAACGAGCCUUUUCUUGGUGCAAACGAAAAUGAUAGUACGAAAUAGUAAUGGAAUUUUAUUGUCGACAAAUGUCAUGCCAGUCACGUGAGCAACAGGAAGAAGUGCUGCUGUUCUGCAGUGUUGAAUAAGAUUUUGAUUUUUACGUUUUAGGCACCUAGAAUAUUCUCAUAUUUAUAAUGUUCGCCGGGUUAUUUUGCGAAGAAGAACAAGCUGGGAGUGGAUUGGAGUCAAAACAUGUGAAAAGUAAUCCAAAUAUUCCAUGUCCUCCCCGUCCUCGUAUCCAGUGCGGACUGGCCGGGAUCCGGAAUCAGGGGGCUACCUGUUACCUCAAUUCUCUCCUGCAGACUCUUUUCCUGACACCCGAGUUCAGAGAAGCUUUAUUUGAUCUUGGUGAUGAGGAGCUGGGGCGACUGGAAGACAAGGAUCUAGCUGGUAGUAAGGUAAGGGUGAUUCCCAUACAACUACAGAAGCUGUUUGCCAGACUGUUGCUUAGCGACCAGCAGAGUGUUCCGUCUGUAGACCUUACUGAGAGUUUUGGAUGGACAAACAAUGAGGAGCUCCAGCAGCAUGACGUCCAGGAAUUGAACCGUAUCCUGUUUAGUGCUAUUGAAGAAUCACUGGUCGGCACCCUGGGAACCGACCUCAUCAGCAAGCUCUAUCAUGGCACAGUCGUGAAUCAGAUUAUCUGUACCGUCUGUGGGAAGAUUAGUGAGAGAGAGGAGGAUUUUCUGGACCUGACAGUGACCGUAGCAGGGAACAGUGAUCUAGAGAAUGGUCUCUACAACUCCUACUGUGAGAUGGAGUCUAUGGACGGAAGAAAUCAGUAUCGUUGCGAGGCUUGUAACAAACUUGUUGACGCCAAAAAGGGAGCAAAGAUACGAAGUGUUCCGGAAAUUCUCACUUUAUCCCUACUGAGAUUCAGCUUUGACUUUCAAAAGAUGCAGCGAUUUAAGGAAUCUGGCAAGUUUGUAUUUCCUCAAUCUUUGGAUAUGGCCCCAUACAUAGAAGAGGCAACAUCCCCAGUCAUGUAUAAAUUGUUCUCUGUGGUAAUACACAAGGGCGGAGCCUACGGAGGUCAUUACCAUGCUUACCUUCUCGAUGUGGAUGGUCUCGGCAAGUGGACAAAUCCUGAGGAGGAAGUCAUACAGUUGCCUACUGAUCCGAGUACUGGGGAGGUGGACUUCAUAGAGUGUGACUCUCCAGUAGAUCUCAUACACACCAUACUGGCUCGGUCACCGGCCAAGACGCUCUCUGUCGACAAAAUCUGUGCUGAAAUUACAAAACAGACAGGUGUAUCAUGGAACAAAAGAUUUAGGCGACAACAUGGAUCCAUACACAAGUACUUGGAGAAGCACAAUGAAGAAUUUGUUAUAGACCAAUCUACUCACCUCAUCACCCUAAGGGAGAUAACUUCUGUCCAGAAGGAGGGCUUAGCUGGAGGAUGUCCGGCGGCUAUUUCUGAUCUGUCACCAGAGGAAUCCCUCCCCAACAAUAAAAGGACGCAGUCUCCCGCACCAGACCUCGGAAGUUGCUGGUUCAACUUUGAUGAUGCUCGUGUCCACCCGAUGAGGGAACGUGAGAUCCAGAAGACAUUUUCAGGAAAGUCCAGUGCUUACAUGCUUUUCUAUAGGAAAGAAUCUCUAGUCAGGCCACCAGAGGCACUUGGAGACCCAACGUAUCGACUACCACACCACCUUCUAUCAGAGGUGAUCCAGGAGAAUGAAGAUUUACACUUCCAGAGAGAGUUCUAUGAUAUGGAAAUCAACACAAUUUCCCUACAUAUCCACUUUGGGGAUUUGUUCGAAUUUGUUGAUGGUUCCCUACGUCCACGAACACAGACAACAAAAACAGAACUCACUAUCGACAGGAGAAAAACAGUUCGGGAUUUGAAGACAGCUGUCCUAGAGGUAUCAGAAGGCCGAGUAGCAGACGACUUCCACAUACAUCUAAUGAAGGAGCUUGUGGCAGGCUUUCACCUAUAUAAGGACAUAUCAUGUGAUGGUGAUUUACAGCUGAUAAACACCUCGGUAGAUGAUGGAAAUAUCCUGUUCAUUUGGGAUGGUGAAAAGAUAAACGGUCAGUGUGUCCCUACAGGAGAAGCCUGUGAACCGGUGUUCCUGAAUGUGAUAUAUGGAAACCCAAAAUCAGAAUAUGCUGACGGAUUUCCCAAGAACAUGACCUUGUACGAUUUCCAGGUCAAAGCAUCGGACAGAACCAACAUACCUCUGAGUCAGAUAAACUUGAAGAAGAUCACAGGUGAAGGAGUGUCCCAGAGACUGGUCGAGUUCACUGAGGACCAAAUGGGAUCUUCACUCAAAGAUUUACAGCUGGCAGACUUCGACCAGAUUGUGGCUGAAAACAGGAACAGUCUUGGGGAGAAUGUGAUCCUGACGAGCACGAAAGUUGUCCUUUAUGUAGAAAACAAGUGUAGCACGACACCAGUUGACGGAAAUAGGACAACGAUCCGAGUUGAAGUGGAUAAAGAUACCAGUAUAGCUGAAGUUAAAGUCCUGGUCAUAUCCAAGUUUGACCUGUGUGACGUUCAGGACGGAGGUCGUUUGAGAAUUGACCAUGACACCCUGGGGCUUCGGCCACCUUUACACGAACAACUGACCGUUGAAGAAGCUUCCCUAACAGCAGGGACAACUCUAAUCCUGGAGGCAGGACCAAGUCCGACCUCUAACCAGAUAACCUUGACCUUUACCUCAAGUGACCCCAAGGUUGAUGUUGUGUACAAGGAAGUGAUACUGGACAAGUCGUCCACUGUUGGAGAGUGCCUUGAAUGUUUUAAAAGGAGAGUGGGGUUGACAGAGGACCGAUGGCACCUACGGAAGACAAACUGGUGUGGGGAGGCUGCUGAGGUACUCGACGACAUUGACCUACCCUUGGGACAGAGCCUAGUUAAUGAUGGGGACCACUUGCUGCUGGAGGAAGGAAAGUUACCACCCAAGGGGUAUAUCCGUCCGUGUGUGGUGUUGUAUCCGACACUGGAGCGGCCGUACCAAUCCGACACCAACUCAGGGGGCAUGCUGUCCUGGAUAACGUCGGGCAUCAGAGACUUGCUGAGUCUAAACCAGGCACCAUCAGGGGAUUCCAAUGGAAGUGAGACCCAGGAGCCACUGACGAUAGGAGAGGUAGAAGUCUCGCUGCAGGACACCCUGGAGGACUUUCAACAGCUGGUCAUGACACUCCCCCUGGUGGCCGAUAUCAACAUCCCCACAACAAACUUUAUCCGUGUCCGUCUCAUAGAGGAUGGACGGCUGACCACAGUGCUCUGCCCACCUACUCAGACUCUACAAAAACUGAAACUGAAGUCAUGUUGCAGAAUAGCAAUCCAGGUGUUGUCGCAAGAGGAGAAAUUAAAUGCCAAUGAAAUAGUACUCCAGGUCCAGCAAAGAGUCCCGGAGACCAGGAUGUACAUGAACCCACAUGAAGUGAUAUGGGAUGUAUCCCAGGGGGCCACAGUGCAAAGCCUGAAACAGACCUUGAGCAUGGCACUAAUCAUUGAGGAGCAGUAUCUUCACCUGGCCAAACACUUCCCCAAGAGACACGAGUGGCUGAUCAUCCGAGAACAGCAACAUCAGUCAAAGAAGAAUCAGAAAGGAAAGAAGAAAGGAGGACAGAAAUGUAACCUGAAGAAUGCUCCGUUCUACCUCCGCGAUGGUGACAUGAUAGGUGUUAAGGACAUGCAGUUUGACCAGCUGAGGAAGGACGACUUUGCAACCUUAGAGGAUGAUUACGGUCAGGAUGAGCAUCAAAGACAGAUUGAGGAAAAGAAAAAGGAGAGAGAGAUUAGGAAAAAAAGACAGGAAGAAUUUAGUGACUUUGGUCCGAGGAAUAACAGACCUGAGGUAGCACUUACUAUCAAGGUUGACAACUUCAGAUAACACAGUUCAGAGGUCAAGUGAGGUUAAAAGGUUGAGGAUGGAAGUUCAAAGGUCAACAGAAAUGGAAACAUGAUGUGUCAGAGACAAAAUGAUAUGGGAGAUUUUCAAUGAAAUUGAGGAUGAAGAAUUUGGGAGGAAAAAAGGAGCAAGGAGUGAAAUCUGUCAGAUAAUGAUAAGGAGGGUGUGUAUGUUUGAUAGGAAAAUGUGUGUAUUUGUGUGUGUGUGGGAGAGAGGCUCUUUGUGGUGGAGAAAGAAAAGGACAGACAGACAGAAUGGGUAUUGCUACUGCUGGAUUUUAAAAUCAUGAAUAAUUAUGUUAAAUUAAAAUGCUGCUAGAAAGUGAUUUUUUUUGUCAUCAUGUUAUUUGAUAAAACACAGGCACUUUUAUAGAUAUUUAUGCAUUGUUUUACUUUUAAAUUGUAUUUUUUCUGCAAAAUGUCUGAAAUUUUCUGUAAUAUAAUAAGUACCUCAGCUCUCAAAUGUUGGCGGCCUUGUAUGGAAUGCAAGAUUACGAAUUACUUCAUCCGGUAUUGAAGAGGUUUGAUAAUUUAUUGCUUUAAUACUAUAAUAUAUUACUUUGUAACUUCCUGUAAUGAAUCCAGGAGGCCAACAAAUAAUCUUUCACUCAAAGAAGGUGAUUACAGGACAAUAGGACAAUAUUUUGUUUGCAUUUCUACUGAACUGUGGUAGAUUUGGGUGAGCUUAUUACCAGGCAUGGGCUUAUUGUCGAAUACUCUCCACAUACCUCAUAUGGUCAGGGUAAUGUUGGUGUGAUGAUACCUUGUCACGGUUAUUUAAUAUGAUAUUUCAGGUACAUGGAACUGCUCUAUCUGUAGACUCUUGUGGUAUUGACCAAAAGUUAUUUAUCCAAUGACAAGAGGCAUUAUAUCACCAAACAUUUAUUUAACCGAUAAAAAGUGGUGUUAUAUGACUAUACAUGGUUUAAUGUAACAUUUAGUAACAUCCUAAAGCUACUUCUACUAAUGUACUGACAGUUUACAUUCUAAGAUGAUAGAAAUGCAUAUUUUCCGUCCAGAUCAGACAGACAAAUUUUAAAUCAUGAGUAAAGAACCAACGUCCAAUAAGUGUAGAGGAAAGAAGUGAAAGCUGAAUCCAUGUUUCUGUCAAAGUAUCGAUGGCGACUAGUUUGUGUGGAGUUUUGUGAGGUUUAUAAACGGGUACCGGUACCUCAGUUGGUUAGAGCGAUGUUGUAACAAUCUGAGGACCAGGAUCCAAAUCCCAGUCCAGCCUUGCUGAUUUUUUACACUCAAAACACUAAAGUUGAUUAUGUCAUCAUUUUUUUUUUAUAAAAGCCCUACAUGGUAUAUACUGGUAGUUUUCUUUUCAGAAAUAAUUUAUCGACUCUAUAAUCAUGCCAGAAGAAGCAGUUUCCAAUUCGUAGUUGCAUUUUUUGGCUGUGGUACGGAGAUCCUUAAGACAUAGUAAAGAUUUUUUUUUCAAAAUACAUUUUAUCAUUGUUUUGUAAAAUUCAUAUACUUACCAACAAUUAUGUGCUUAGUCCAAUUUCAUUGUACAAUUAUUUUUUUUAUUUUUUUAAAAGUGCUUUACUUUGUUAAUAAUGAUUCUCCGCCUUAGCGUGCAUGAGAGUCACUAAUCAAAACAUUAUGACAGUUAAAAGAGUUAUCUCUCCUGUCUCAGUGGUUACCAUAGCAACAAUAGAACGUAUUUCGAAAGAAAAAUACAGUGACUAUACUUCAUUAGGAAGUGUAUCAAAGACUUAGACAGAUUUUUGUAUUAGAAAGAUUUAUUUUACCGUCCAUUUAAGAAAUUUAAGUUUAAUUUUAAUUUUAGGUCACCCGAGACAAAGUCUCAAGUGACCUAUUGCGAUCGCCUUUUUUUAUCUUCUGUCUGUUGUUACAGAGUUUCUUUCAAGAAUUUCUUUAUGCACCUGUGACAUAGUGGAAGGGGCAUUAAGUGUAAUAUUUUGUCUGUCUGUAAUUCGUCUAUAUGACAUUUCGGUAAGACUUUGCUUUUAGUUCUACUUCUGAAGAGUUUGUGUUUAUCAUAGCCCCAUUUCCAUCAGUGUGGGACCAGGGGCACAACUAUGUAUGUGUUACAAACUGUGUUUUUUGUUCAAAAAUGAAUUUCUUUUAUUUCCAAUCAAAGGAAGAUGUAAACAGCUUUAUUGAUUAAAAUAUGUAGUAUUUGUUAAAGUUGAUAAAUAUCUGUGAUAUGAGUGGGCUGAAGGUUUGCUGUUUUCUUCAAGAUGGAGAAGAUAUUUCCAGUGGCUGGGAAUUAAUUUUGAAAUACAUUAUUUUCAAACAAACCUUGAAAGUAUUGAGGGUUUUCAUGUAGCCUUAAAGGUGUAUGCCAGGAUAUCUGUGAUUUUGUAGAUUUCACCAUUAAAAAAUAUAAUCAUCUUUACUAUGGAUUGAUUCAGACUUACUUUUGUCUUCUGACCCUUCAAAAGGUUUCAUUAAUUGAUCAAGUCUGAUUUACCAGUCAUAUAAGACAGUUUACAGAUUUCUGAUUGUGUAACUCUCUUUGGAAGGGGAUGCAUUUCACAUUAAUGUGAAAUAUAUCCUUAACCCUUUCACCACCGUAGACCAUAAUGGACUCAUCCAGAUCAAUGCAUGGUAGAGUCUACUAAAGUGACGUAGGGUUGAAAGGGUUAAUAGCCUGAUAGAGUUCAAGGAUAUUUAGGUUAUGUCUCCUUAAGAAUAUCGAUGUCAAUGUAGGCAAAACACUAGAAAUUCUAGAGAAGUCAUAUAUACAGUAACUUCCCCUAAACUCAUUCACCCCUCAAUACACAUUUGAACUCUUCCAAUUCAAAGGUUGGAAUAGUUCAUUAUGAAAUUUCAGGGGCAACCACAAAAUUUGGGCCCCACAAAAAUAUCUGAUCUCGCAGUAAUAUUUUUAAAAAGAAAUUUCAGAAUUACAAUGUGGUUUGUAGUAUUUAUACUUCAAAGCUGAUAAUAAAUAUUUGUGGAAAUUUUAGUUUCCAGACUUUUCAGUAACUUCUAAUUGAAGAGACCAAAUUACAUUCUUAAUUGGACAAAUUUUGUAAAAUUAUAUAUCACUUUAUAUAAGUAUAAGGAAGAGAUUAUUUCCAACAUCAGAACUGAACCAGUCAUUUUGGAUUGGUGCCUGUUCUUAAAGAAAAUCCUGAGUUACCAAUUUCAUUUUGGUACAGUAUAUGUAUAUAUACAUGUACUGUAUUAGGUUUUGAUAUAAUUCUUUUUCAAAACCUUUUAUAUAUAUAUGGGGCAAAGAAGUAAUUCCAACAGGGUGGAUAUAUAUAUAUAUAAUGCAUAUAGUUAUAGAUUUAUACAACUAUGUACUUGUUUUGUUUUGAAAAAAAUGAAGUUAAGAAACUGGCAAUGUGAUUCUUGUUUAUGAAAUAAUACUUGUAUUUGUUGUAAUUGUUUGCUGAUUGAAAAUUGGCAAAUAAAAAGUUAAAGA